AUGUAUACAAUCGUCCUCUUCCCUAGAGAUAUUUAUCAGAUUCUUACAUCUGGACGGAUUGUCUACUCAGACAUCGAAAGACGUGAUAGAAAACGAGAACUGAGAUGCAUGGAUUACAACUCUUUGUUACCCAUGCUUGUGUUAUACUUGGAUUUCAGCAUGCAUGUGGUGGAAACCAGAAAUGCAACAAAAGAGGAAAUGAGGUCUGACUAUUUUAAUCUGAACAAGGUAUCUAAAUUUUUGGUUACCAAGCAUCCUGCUGUGGCACCAUCUAUGUGUAGAUACACGAAUGUUAAUGUAAUGCAAGAUAUUAGAGGCAAACUAACAGACCUAAUGCAGCAUUUGGAUGUACAAGCACAGAUUUUUCGGUGCUUUAUGGUCAAAGAACUUAGAGGCAGUACAUAUAGGUGCUUUACAUUUGAAAUAAAUGGUAAAGUUCUGCGUUUCGGCCUUAGAGAAUUUGCACUGAUCACUGGGCUAGAUUGUGUCUCUGAUGAAAACGAUUUUGUUUAUGAUAACUCAAAACCGAAUAGGCUUAUGGUUGAAUAUUUUGGUAGAAAUGAGGAGAACCAACUGCCAGUUAAAAGACAUGAGCUUAUUGAGUGUUUCAGCAAGACAUUUUGGGAUGAUAAAGGGGAUGACACAGUCAAGAUAGCAAUAUUGUAUUUCAUAAAUACGUGGGUACAUUGUGGUGAGCCAAACUCAACAAACAUACCAAGGAUCCAUUUUGAUGUUGUAGAGGACGGGAGAUAUAAUGAGUAUCCUUGGGGUAAAGAUUCGUUUAGAGAGUUGGUUGUAAGCAUCGAGCAGAAAUAUGCUGAUUUUAAGAGAUAUUAUAGGAUUCAUGGGUUGCCACUUGCUAUGCAAGUCUGGUUGUAUGAAUGUUGCUCAAAAGUCCCGUCCACCAUUGCAGUUAAGACGGGAGAUUUAGUUCCUAGAAUUUUGAACUGGCGGACUACGGAAGGAAAACCAGAAUUCAAGAGAUUGAUGGAUGGCAUGUUCAGAGACGACAAAAACCCGUCUUGUAGAUUUGAGGAAGUUGUGCCAACACCCCAUGAGUUGGAAACUCUUAAUUUGCCUCCUGUUGCACCUGAUAUACCAGACGUCAAACAUGGGGUUGAUGGUGUACAUGGUACUGAUUUGGUAGACGAUGAUUACAAUAAUUUUAGCACCACACCACCGCAUCUGUCCAGUGGCAAACAACAACAAAGGAGUGCCAAUCCUGAUUCCCCGCGAUGCAAGAAACGGACACAGAUUCCCGUUUCUGUUUCUCCUUCCGGAAACAACCAUCACGGAAUGAAUCUUGGAUAA